AUGGCUUCAAACGAACCACAGAACUUGUUAGAAUGGCAGCUGCAUUGUGUUCUAAAAAGAGCAAGUCUUCUUCAAUAUUACGAGAGCUUCAUCAAAAAUGGUGAGUGCGAUGUACUACAGUUAUCGAAAGUAGACGAUGAGAAAUUCAAAGACGUCAUGGAGAAGGUCGGAAUGGCAAGAACAUCGAUACACGUUCGACAGUUCAGAAGCACGCUUCUUCAAUGGGCGAACGAUACAGAAGAACAAAAACAUGAUGAAGUUGAAACAGCCUCUUUAGGUCAAAAUACACCACAACCAGAAAAAAGAAGUAAAUUUUCUAGCUUUGGAAAAAUAUUUAAACCAUGGAAAUGGAAGCGAAAGAAGAGAAGUGAAAAAACUGCUGUUGGAAAGGAUAAACAUGUGCCUAGCUACAUCAAGACAUCUGAUGAUUCUACAACGUCUCCACCGCAAAGAAGCUUAAAGCCUGAUACAGUGUCCUUUUCAAUGACUGGGAAGUAUUCCGAGGUACCACAGUUGAAAAAAUCCAUACAAGAGCUGGAGAUCAAGACAAAAGAAAAAGAAGAACUUACAAGUUAUCAAUCCGAGAAGAAAAAAACCCAUCUGAAAGAUGACACCACAAAAAAAUACACAAAAAGUGUAAUGAAAGAUCAGGAACAUCAUGAACAUCACGACCUUACUGGUUACUAUGAUAAGUUAUUAGAUAACACAAUACUUGACAAGAUGGUUCUCGACAACCUGAUUUCCAGAUGUAUUUUAAUGAUAGAGGACAGAGAAGAAAUUAUCAAACCAACCACACAACGUGAACGUAACAAGGUUUUACUGGAUAUUUUAACUGAACGACCAUACCCUACAUUCCAUUUGUUCAAGGAUAUCUUGCUGGAAUCUGAACCAUCCAAUAGUUGUGUUCAAGAGCUUGUCAAGAGAAUGAUAAGUACUGAAAGUAGGGACGAACACAUUAGUUGGCAAGGACAUGAGAUUGUUUUAAAUAAACACAAAGUUAAACUACAAAAGAAUUACAAGAUGUUUGUCCAUGGUGUUGACUCCAAAACAGACAUAGCUGACCACCUGUAUCAGUCUGAUGUUUUAAGUACUGAAGAAAAAGAGGAAAUUUGUAAUUCUUCUCUCACUCAACAGGAAAGUAAUAGACUUUUAUACAACAAAUUGAUUCGCAAAGGUGGAGAUGCAUACACACACCUUCUUGAAGCUGUACGACACGGAAAAUACCCGGAUGUUGCUUCAGAAAUGGAGAAGACAGAAUUGUCAGAUCAAGAAAUACAAUUGUGUCAAAUAGGAAUGAAGAAACUUAAAGACAGACACGAGAAAAAAGAUAUUCUGAUGGAUCACGAUGAAAUUAUUCCUAAACAUAUACUUGAGCAGUUCGAAAAACGCUUGGAACAGUGGAAAAAGGAUGAUCAACAGUUUGUUAGCACUGAAGCAGAGAAACAUGUAAUGCAAAAAGUUUUGACACAAAGUUCAGUUACCCUGGUUGGAAAUUCUGGCACUGGAAAAAGUUUUCUUUCUAAACACAUUGCCCUCAUAAUGAAGACACAUGGCUAUACUGUAAUUCCAUGUAGUAAACCUAAAGAUAUUGGAAAAUGGUUUAAACAUGGGAGGAAAACUUUGUUUGUAUUUGAUGACGUUUGUGGCAGAUAUACUCUUAAUCAACAAAUUUACACUGACUGGAAACAAAGACUUGAUCACAUAAUAUCUCUUCUGGGAGACACAUGUUGUAAAAUCAUCUCUACAUGUAGAUUGGAGGUUUACAAAGAUGAACUAUUUAGCAAUCUCUCUAUUUUCAAAAUGUGUAACAUCGAUUUAAGUUUAAUAGAAUUCAAACUUAGUGCUGCUGAAAAAUUUGCUUUAGCUGAAGUUUACUUGAAGGAAAAUACUGAUGAAGUAAAGGAAUUGUCAGAAAAAUAUGACUUUUUCCCACUGUUAUGUAGCUUAUAUCAUAAACAGAACCUUCAGAAGAAUGUUAGCGUUACCUCUUUUUUUAGCAAUCCUUUUGAAGUUUUCAAAGAUCAACUUGUACAAAUGUAUGGAGAAAGUGAUGCUGGUAAGAUGCAGUAUUGUAGCUUAGUCCUUUGUGUAAUGUUUAACAACACAUUAACAGAAGAAAACUUGUCACCAAAAGAUAAGAAGAUAGGAGCAAUGAUAGAAGAUUUACUAGAAGAAUGUGAACUGAAUAAAGGAACAUCUAUCAAACGUUUAAGGAAAUCCCUGGAAACACUUGAAGGUACUUAUGUGGUCAAGGAGGGUACUAAAUACAAAAUAAUCCAUGAUAAGUUGUUUGAUUUCCUUGCCAAAUACUUUGGGGAGAAGAUGAUUCAGAUUUUUAUUGAUCAUGCUAAUACUGAUUUCAUUGAGGAGAGAUUUCUUUGGAAAAUAACAGAUAGCAUGGGCACAGAAAUCGAGUUUGUAAUAAGAAUACCUGAUACCUAUAUCAAUAGAUAUAUAGAAAGGAUACUCACAGACUGGGAGAACAGUUAUGUAUACAGUGUGUGUCAUAACAGAAACAUGAAUUCUACUAUAUUUACUGAAAACUUGGUAACUCAUUUAAACCAACUUGAUCUAUCAAAACAGGAAGAACUUGUUUUUACUAAAGAUAUUCACAGUAAAGGUAUAGCACUAGGUGGAAGUUGUUAUAUGGGUACUAUUGACCUUGUCAAAUGGUUGAUAAGUAGGAACAGUGACAUUAAUUAUUGUGGAGAGGAUGGUUGGUUUUCUUUAUUAUGGGCAAGUCAGGAAGGACAUGUUGAUGUUGUUAAAGAACUAUUACAACAUUCAGCUGAUGUCAAUAAGUGUACCAAUGAGGAUGCAUCACCUCUGUAUAUAGCAAGUCAAGAAGGACAUAUUGAUGUUGUUAAAGAACUGUUACAACAUUCAGCUGAUGUCAAUAAGUGUUCCAAUGAUGGUAUAUCACCUCUGUCUAUAGCAAGUCAUAAUGGACAUGUUGAUGUUGUUAAAGAACUGUUACAACAUUCAGCUGAUGUUAAUAAAUGUAACAAUGAUGAUGUAUCACCUCUGUCUAUAGCAAGUCAGAAUGGACAUGUUGAUGUUGUUAAAGAACUGUUACAACAUUCAGCUGAUGUUAAUAAGUGUACCAAUAAUGAUGCAUCACCUCUGUAUAUAGAAAGUCAGACUGGACAUGUUGAUGUUAUUAAAGAACUGUUACAACAUUCAGCUGAUGUCAAUAAGUGUGACAAUAAUGAUGGAUCACCUCUGUCUAUAGCAAGUCAGGUAGGACAUGUUAAUGUUGUUAAAGAACUAUUGCAGCAUUCAGCUGAUGUCAAUAAGUGUUACAAAGAUAUAUCACCUCUGUAUAUAGCAAGUCAGGAAGGACAUGUUGAUGUUGUUAAAGAACUGUUACAACAUUCAGCAGAUGUCAAUAAGUGUAGAAAUGAUGACACCUCACCAUUACAGAUUGCUUGUUACAAAAACAUGAUAGAGGUUGUACGUGAACUUCUUCAGUGUAAUGAUGUUGAUAUUGAUCUCUGUAAUGAUGAUGGAUGUUCCUCACUUUAUUGGCAUUCAGCUGAUGUCAAUAAAUGUGACUUUAAAGGUAAAAAUCCUCUUAAUGUAGCACAGGAGCAAGGACAUAUAGAAAUAGAAUCAUUGUUAAAAGGAAAAGGAAUAAAUCAACAUUGA